ACGGCGCAGAUGUCCGCCCUCGUCGCAUCGGCAUCGUCCGUCGCGCGACACGUCGCGCCCGCCCGCCGCGGCCCGGAUCCUUCGCGCGCGCGCGGCUCUCCGUCGUCCACGCCACCGCGCGACCCCGCCAGUCGAUGCGUCGUCGCUCGGCCAUCGGCGUCGCGCAGGGGGGACGCGCAGGUGGCGAGGUUCUGGAAGGGCCUGGGCCAGCCGGCGCGGCGCGGAGCCGACGAGGGAACGUCGUCCAAAUCAUCCCUAAAGGCGGGCGGCGCGCUCACGCCGUUCCCGAAGGACUACGCGCAGAUGGUGAGCCAGUGCCAGAAGGCCCUGCAACAUGGCCUCGACGACGGCUUGGGGCUCAUGGAGAUCCAGUUCCCGCCAGGCGGCUUGGAGACGGCGCCUGGGGACGUUGAGGGAAACAUGGAGUCCAACCUGACGGUGCAGCACCUCCGCGGGAUAUGCGCGCAGUUCGAGCGCAACAAGACGGCGAAGACCACGCGCGUGUUCUUCCCCGAUCCCAUCGAGGCCAAGCUCGCGAGAACCGGCACAAACGCGAGCCCAGACGGCGUCCGCGCUCCCUCAAACUCCGAGACGCGCGCGUGGUUCGCGCCGAACAACUGGCCGGGCCCGGUGGACUUUCUCGAGUCCCCCUCGUUCCUGUCCGUGUCCGGCCUGGACAAGGUGCUGAACAAACGGGUGAGCACGUGGAACAAAGCCAAGGCAAAUGACACGGCUUUCGUCGUCGCGUACCCGGUGUCCAAUGUCAGCGAGCUCACGUGCACGCGUGAGCUGUACGAGGGCGAGUUGGGGCGCGGCACUGGGGCGAGGCCGAUCGUCGUGUGCAACGGCGAGCUGGAACGGACCAGGACAAACUACUACCCGCCGUUCUGGAACGCCGGCGAGAUGGCGCCGCUGCGCGAGUUCGUCAAGGUGUUUGAGCAGAUUUACUUCAUCCACAACUUCAAGGGGAGCAACCCGGCGGUGCUGUUCAGGUGCUACCCCGGGCCGUGGCAGGUGAUGCGGCGGCGGCGGGACGACAGCUUGGAGGUGGUGUGGACCGGGGAGGAGUACCCCGGCGUGCAGAAGGUGGCUCUCGAGAUCCUGCCGAAACACCCGUAGACCCUUAGCCGUCGGGUGUGACAUCCUCUCAUUUUCCGAUGAAAAGCGUUUAGUUUUC